CCCAUCCCAACCUCCUUCAUCAAUUUCUCCAUCCAGUUAGUGAUCUAAUUACCCUACAGCUUCAUCUUCUGCCCUCAUGAUCUAACCAAGCUAAUCCGAUGGAUUAUUUACCGGGCUGAUCUAUGGACCGACCUGUCAAGCGAACCUCACAGCGCAGGAGUCGGGUGCGCCUCGUUGCACCCAAUCACUGAUGGGGAGCACAACAACUCAAAAUGAUCCCUUAGCUAGGAUUUCUCAGUACUCAUUCCAGGUCGUAACUUGGACGCUCUGUGGAUUUGCAGUGCUCUUUCUGGCGUCUCGAGUCGCCAUUCGGUUGUCUACCAAAGGGAAACUUAUGAUGAAUGACUACUUUCUUCUGGUAUCCUUACCAGCUCUCUAUGCGGGAGCUGCUUUAUUGCAGUCAUCUCUUGAUGGCCUCUACGCCGAGAAGGGACAUGCCGGGCCACCCACUAUUGCGCCUCGUCUUACUGCUGCCAUUGACUUGCUUUGGAUUUCGAUCUAUUUCGUCAAAUUUUGCUUCCUAGCACAGUUCAAGUUCCAUAAACCUCCAUAUGCAUAUAUAUCUGACUCUUUGACUCGUCAUUACUGGAUAGUCAUGGGUAUAUGUGUAGCAGCUGGCUUAUUCACAUUUGUGCAGCCCAUCGUACUCUGCCAUACAAUUGAUAGCUGUCGAUAUUUUGAAGGACACAGUACAGUGCCAUGGGAAAUAGCGUCGAAUACUUUGGAUAUUGCCACGGACCUGUUAGUGAUUUCCAUACCUAUUGCUUUAGUCCAAAUGGCGAACUACACGCGCAUCAACACCAUUAUCAAUGCGUCCUUCAAAAGCCUCUCGGUGUUUUCCAUCGCUAUAGCGUCAACGCGUCUUGCUCUAUCAUAUGACCGCCGAACGCAUCGCAUUCGGUAUAGUGACAUAGCAUUUUGGCUUGUUGUGGAGGCGGCUGUUGCGUUAAUCAUGGCCGGCAUUUCAAGUUAUCGCACCCUGGUCAUUGACUGGGUCACCGAGCAUCGGCGAGGUCGCACCACAAAGAGCGCUCAUCCUUUUCAAAGGUCACAUGAACCUUGGAUUAAGGUUGGCACGAGGGACCAGGUGGGCGGAUCUGAUCUGCAUAGAGAUCGUGGCUCUGAACUCUCCGUGUUGAAUCGUGCCUGACUCGAGUCCGACAAGCAUUAGGUGUAGAAAUGAACAUAACCAGAUCUACGAUCGUGAGACGGACAACGAGAGGUGGGGGUGGAACUUUCCGAGAAAACUGUCACGCGCACGAGCCGAGCAUAGAUGCAAUACAUGUUCCCAUACGAUGUGUAUUCGAUCCGCAGAACUUUAAUGAGCUCCUGUCCUCCGAAGAAUUUCGCAAGGUUCGUGCGUAGUAUAUCCACCUAGAUACUUCAUCAACUAGGCAGAUAAUGUACUCUUUAUGUGGAACCUAAUGUCCUGUCACUUCUGUCUGUAGCUAGCUUUGGUUAAAGAAGCUUUGCUCAAUGCUCA